UCUUCACAAAUAUUCUGAAAAGACCUUCAUCAACAUCAACCAUGAAAUCUAAACCCACUGGUACCUCCAGGCGUAGCGGCAGCCGAUGCCUCAUAAUCUGCUGCAUGGCAGCGGUGGCCUCGAUUCUGAUCACCGGGGCCGUGUUCACCGCCUUGUGCCUCACUGUCUUCAAGCCAAGAGAGGCCGAAAUAUCUACCCAUUUCGAAGACAUUAACAACUCUUUCUCACCAAAUAUAACAUCAUUGAAUGUUAGUAUAGAUGUGAUCAUAACAAUCGACAAUCGAAAGAACUACGGAAGCUUUAAGUUCAACAACGCCAUAGCUUAUGUUUAUUACCAUGGAGACGUUGUUGCUGAAGCUCAAAUACAGCAUAACCUCGUCCCUGCACGUGGCAAAGUUAAUAUGACUUCUUCUGCAGAUUUUAUGAUGGGAAAAUUAAUAUCCAAUCCCAAUUUUGUGGACGACGUCGUUUCUGGAAGCUUGCAUUUGACGUCCACAUCUAGUUUGCAUGGAAAAGUGAUUUUGUUUAAGAUUCUUAGGAUGCAUGCUACAACAUUUAGCUCUUGUAAUAUCUCGUUUAACAUUAAUGAUAGAGAUAUCCAAACUACGUGCAACUCCAAAAUCAAAUUGUAGUGUUAGAUAUU